UUUUGUACAAGCCAACACACUGUUCCGUUCAGAAUAUAUUACAGUCGUUCUCUCGCACUCGUAGUUUCAAUAAGUAACAUUAGUAAUUUAUAUAUAACAUCCCCCGACAAAUAUGAGGCACGUCAGUUUGCAAGCUCAUCUUGACAGGGCAACAAGAGACCAACAGCAAUGCUAGUAUAGGUGCAAAAUUACGAUCAAUCGUUCAACAUGGCUGCAAAUAACAACUACGAGUACUUACCAAAUGGAUACGUCGUGGAAAAUGUAUCAAUAGAAAACGUGCUAAAUGCUCUAAGAGGAAAAGGUAAAGAUGAUGUUAGUGUUGCAAAUACAGUAGACUCUCAACUAUCCGGCCUAAGGUGGCGGGCAGCUAGUCCGGAUAACGAAAAAGCCAGAUAAGCCGAAUCAAUGUAGGUAUCAAAUGUAUUUUAACUCAGAACUUACAUUUGUACUUAUGAAGGUAUGAGAAAAUGCAUAAAUAUAUUUAGUACAUUACAUAAUUCCUAGAUAAUAAUAUGUAUAUUAUAUUAUAUACAUUUUAAUAAUCUACAUA